AUGGCUACGAACAGUAAGAAAUAUAGCCUAUCAGCCGGUGAAGGCUUUGUAGCUGGUGCUUUGGGCGCUUGUGUGGCAGUAACGUUCACAAAUCCGAUGGAGGUGGCCAAGACACGGCUUCAAUUAGAUGGAGAACUUCAACAAAAAGGGUCACCCAAAACAUACACAAAUACCUACGAUGUACUACGUAAAAUUGCACGUGCUGAAGGUUUAAGGAGUUGUCAGCGUGGUCUAGGUGCUGCUUAUGCUUAUCAAUUUGCAUUAAAUGGCUCUCGACUAGGAUUUUAUGAACCGAUUCGGAGUAACAUAAGCUCGCUUAGUGGACACCAUCCUUCGCAUGUACAAUUAUGGUCUUCAGUUUCAGCCGGUGCAUUAUCAGGCGUCAUCGGAGCCAUUUUUGGAAAUCCUCUCUUUCUUGUCAAGGCUCGCCUACAGGCUUCAGCUUCGACCUCUCACUCAUCUCGCUACGCAUAUCGUUCAGCGAUCGAUGGCCUUGCUCAAAUCUUCCAUCAAGAAGGAUUGAAGGGUAUGAUGAGAGGAGUAGAUGCCUCUAUGUUAAGGACUGCGAUGGGCAGCUCGGUCCAAUUACCCGCCUAUAAUUACGCCAAAACUAAUCUCACUCCAUAUUUUGAUCCAAAUUCGGUUUGGCUGUAUAUUGCUUCAAGUUCUUUCAGUGGGAUGUGUGUCUUGACAGCAAUGCAACCAGCUGAUACUACACUUACAAGAAUGUACAAUCAGCCAACUGACCCAGGAAAAAGGUUAUACAAGAAUCCGUGGGAUUGUCUCUGGAAGACAAUCAAAAUCGAAGGAUUCACUGGACUGUAUAAAGGAUCUACAGCUCACUUCUUUAGAAUUGCCCCGCAUACUAUCAUCACUUUGGUAGCAAAUGAGCAGAUCAUUCAGUGGUGUUGGUUCCCACCUAUUAGAUCUCCAGCAUGA